CUGGCGGGAAUCGCAUCGUCUCUUGCUAGCUAGGUUAACUUUGGUCGGUUUAAUUUAUGUUGUAACCAACUAUUGGAGUCUAAUCUCUGUCAGAAAGUAAAGUUAGAAUAGAGAGAGCAGAGGUCCGUUUGAUUUUAAGAGUUGACUAAAACCGAGUUGUGUCAACUUGUUAAGGUUUUUUUUUUUCAAACCGUAGCUAGCUACAUUAGCAUCGCAAUCUAAGCUAACUUAGGCGGAUACUGUUAGCCGCCAUUAGCAGAGCUCUGUGUUAUCUACUAGGUGAGCAGUUUAAAUUUCACCAUACUUAACUAAAUAUAUGCCGGUAGCAAACCAGACAGGAAGAAUGGCAACUGGGAGAAAACAGAUGAAGAAGAAACAUCCAGAGGAAAAAUCGGAUAAAAAGGUCUUUGAUUUUAUUGUAGAAGAUGAAAAGAAAGAGCUGAGCGGUUCAGAGGAUGAAGUUAGAGAAGAUGAAACUCCAAUAGUGGACAAGCUGGCAAAGAAGAGACCUGCAGCUGAGUUUGAAGCAGGGGAGGCAACCUGCGCUGUUGGAAAUGAGGUCCAGUCUAUGUUGGAGAAAUUUGGAGCUGAUAUCAGCAAGGUGAUGCAGGCCAAGAAGAAACGUCUGGAGUGUCUCACAAAGAACUACAUGAAGGGAAGUCAACACAAACUGGAGCAGCUGUGGAACAACUAUCACAGCCAGAGGCAGAAGAUGACUCAGCAGUAUUCUCAGCAGGUGUCCACGGCGCUGCAGCAGUGGGAGACUGAAGCCCAGCGAGCUGAGGAGCAGGAGGAAAAGCUCAAUAAUCUGUUCAGACAGCAGCAGAAGAUCCUGCAGCAGGCCAGAGUCGUGCAGAACCAGAAGCUGAAGACUGUCAGAGAGCUGUACGAGCAGUUUGUCAAGAACAUGGAGGACAUGGAGAAGGGCCAUGAGGCUUUCCUGCAGGGGGCGCAACAAGAGCUGAGGAAAGAGAUGGCCACGCUGCAGAAGAAGAUCCUCAUGGACACGCAACAGCAGGAGAUGGCCACCGUCCGCAAGUCGCUACAGUCCAUGCUGUUCUGACCUGCCGUUACCACGGCGAUUGAGCUCGUUCAUACGUUAAGGCUGCAGUCUGUGCUGGUGGUUGUUAUAGCUGUAGGCCUGCAGGGUUGUCAUGGUUACGCACCUCCUGUAAACCUCAUUUAGUUCAUGUUCGUGCAGAGACUCGCUCCUUUGUUUUCUGGAAUAAAUAGUUUGUGAUUUCAGCAAUUUUUUAAAGUAAAGUUUCUGUGUGCGGUGACAGAGCAGCCUCUAGGGGGCGCUGUGUGAAGAUGUUCUGUCUCAGAGAGAGUUCAUAAACUCUCCAAGGUUCAGAGUUAAAUUAGAAACAUAAAUAUUUAGUGCAGAUGCUUUUUAUGAACUGAGACACUCAACCUGAGACAAACACGAUGAAAGUGACUGUUAAAAUUUCACUCUGCAGAAAUUACUGGAAAAUCAUCUUGAGCGUCUGUGAAUGAGCAAGAAAAUAAAUAAAGUUCUUUUUGUGCUGA